UCCGCCUACGUCUCGUUCUGUGGAAGUUUACCAAGCCCAAGACUCACUUAUAGUUUCUGUUUUAUAUGCUGUGUAGAUAAAUGCUUACCAUAGGCCUGUGGGCGCUCUUGUAAUGGUUAUUAUAUUAAGACGUUAAUGGCUGCGCAUUCUCUCCCCGCUGUGUAAUCCUUACAGUAACCUAAUAACAAGACAGGCCACGGCACAUAGGCUACUAUAAGCCCCAAAACCAGACUUUUUAUACAUCUAAGAUGUGGACUACACGGGCUCCAUAAUCUCGGUCAUGAGUGAGGUGUGAAUUUAAACGUGAGGGCAGGAAAUAGGCUCAAGCGCGCUCCAUAUCGUGCGUAAGAGGGAAGUAAGCCUACUUUCAGCGUUUGUUAAAAGUUGUCCGUGGGCCUGCGAGAACCGCUCGGCGCUUAAAGUUCAUCUCUCGUCGGCUGAAACGACGCCAUCUGUCCAGUUUUUGUGCGACAACGUCAGCGUUAAACUGAGUGAUGGAGUCAGGAAAUGUUGAGUAGGAUUUUCGGACUGGCGGAGGACUUAUGAGACAGAGGAGGAAGAAGCGAGACCGACCUUAGUGUCUUUUCAAUGUUUUGAAAUCGAUAUUUAACUUAAGCCCUGCUUGAUCAUGACGCAGUGGAUCCACAUGUCCCAGAUGAUACAGUGCCUGUCUGAUGAAACGGUCAACAACCUCUAUCCCCCAUCGGCCUUCCCCAUUGAAGUCAGACAUUUUUUAGCUGAUUGGAUUGAGAGUCAAAGAUGGGACGACUUUGUGAUGGAAAAGGUGGAGCAGGAGAGCCAGGCUCGGACUCUGUUGGACCAGACCAUCAGCAUGCUGCAAUCGAUGGCUCAGCAGAACACCAAUGUGGUGGACCGGAUGAAGCUGAUGCAGAUCAGCAGGAACAUGGCCGUAUUUCAGCAACAGCCUCUGCAGUUUGCAGUGAUGGUCAGGGACAUCCUCAGGAAGGAGAGGGUUUUGCUCAACGCGGCGCCCGCUCAGAUACCCAACCCUCCACAGUACCAACAGUACCCAGGUAGAGAGCCCUCGUUCCCCAUCAUGCAGGAUGUAGACCACCUGGUUCUGAAGGUGCUGGAGGUGCAGGACGUCCGACAAAAGAUGCACCAGCUGCAAGAAGAUCUCAACUGGGAGAGGCAGAACUAUGAGGGUUUACAAGGAACGAUUCAGCAGAACGGAUUGGAUGCUGCAACGUCAGAAAUACAGAAACUCCAGACUCACAUCCAGCAGCUGGAGUACAACGUGAAAGCGAUGGCCACGAAGCGUUUCCAGCAGCUGAAGGAGUGUGUGGAUUGUCUGGACCAGUGUCAGGGCCGUCUGAUAAACAGGCUGAAGGCGUGGAGGUGGGAGCAACAUAAGGCCACCAUCGGACAUCCCUUUGACGAAGACCUCAACCCUCUGCAGACCUGGUGUGAGCAGCUGCUUGGGGUGAACGGGAAGCUGAGACAGGAAUUGAUGCUGAUAGGAGAACCGAUCCCAGAGCUCCAGGAAAGGCUGGGGCAACUUCUGCAGGUUCUGAUUCAAAGCUCUCUUGUAGUGGACAAGCAGCCCCCUCAGGUCAUUAAGACUCAGUCAAAGUUCUCCACUACUGUGCGAUAUCUGCUCGGGGAGAAAGUGGCUCCUGGGAAGCCUGUGGUGCUGAAGGCGCAAAUCAUUAAUGAACUGCAGGCCAGGAACCUCGGCGGUGUACCAGGUGAUAAUGUCGGGGAACUGAUCAACAACACAGCCAUCCUAGAACACAACACCUCCAGCAAGAGCACAUGUGCUACCUUCAGAAACAUGUCCAUCAAGAAGAUCAAGAGAGCAGACAGAAAGGGAUCAGAGUCUGUGACAGAAGAGAAAUUUGCUCUUCUGUUCUCAACAGAGAUCAACAUCACAGGCUGUGAAACUCCAUACCGGAUACAGAUGAUCUCACUGCCAGUGGUCGUCAUCGUCCAUGGAAGUCAAGACAACAACGCUCUGGCCACCAUCAUAUGGGACUGUGCUUUUUCUGAAGCAGACCGAGUGCCGUUCGUGGUGCCGGAGCGCGUGCCCUGGAGGAUGAUGUACAGCACUCUCAACAGUAAAUUCACAGCUGAAGUCCAGACGCAGCACAAUCUGGACCAAUACAACCAGCACUUCUUAGCCCAGAAGAUAUUCGACAAGCCCGACUUUGCGGACGACUUCAGCAACAUGAUGGUUUCCUGGGCCCAGUUUAAUAAGGAGGUUCUCCCGGGCCGACCGUUCACUUUCUGGCAGUGGUUUGAGGGAGUAAUGGAGCUUACCAAGAAGCACUUGAAGACAUACUGGAGCGAAGGGCUGAUAUUUGGUUUCAUUGGGAAGCAGCAUCUACACCUGAUUCUCAAAGACAGGCCCAAUGGGACGUUCUUACUUCGCUUUAGUGACUCUGAGAUCGGAGGCAUCACCAUUGCAUAUGUGUCUGCUACUGACAAUGGGGGUCAGAAAAUCCAGAACAUCCAGCCCUUCACCAAAAGAGAUCUUGAGAUCCGGAGCCUUGGUGACCGCAUCCGUGACAUCAGCCACAUAACAUACCUGUAUCCUGAUUUUCCUAAACAUGAAGUCUUCAAAAAGUUCUACACAGAGCCUCAAGCCUCACCCAUCGGGGGUUAUAUCCCUGUGUCUCUCCAUACUAAAGUCGGCAUGGAAGCUGGCUCAGCCACACCCCCGAAUCCCAGUAUGGCACCUCUCACCGUGCAUCAGUUCCAGCAGCCAUUCAGCCCGCAAGAGUCCAUCACUCAAGACAUAAUGGACAGUGCACCUCCUUCUGUGGAGUUCACUGAACACAUUCCCCCAGGUAACAAUAUGGAUCUAGAUUUAGACACUUUUCUCCAGACUCUGGACUCUUAGAAAUAUUCUGCAGCAAAGUUGUUUUUGGAGUGCAAAGCAGAAAUUGGAUGGAGGCCGGAGCCAAACCUGUCUGACCUUGUCCCAUUGUUAGACUUUCUUCCUUUACUUUCACCAUCCAUCUACAGUUUCAUCUACUUUUGAGUAAAAACCUGGUGGAGACAAAUUUAAUUUCUCUGGGACUCAUCGUGGUGAGCUGGUGCUCAUUUUAAGGACAAAGUAAAACUGAGAACAAACCAGAAGAAAAAGUGGUGUCAUCGCUGUCCGUCGACCAUCUUGGUUGUGCAUGCUCUCUCAACGGGUGGUAGGUUUGUUGAUGUUGAUUUCUUUGCUUGUCUGUUUAUACUACAUCCCAUGCAUUCUGGAAAACACAGUGAUUCACUGUACAGAUUGCUGUGUGUUUCCAACAACGACCAAACAUGCAUGAAAGCUGACUGUGACCCUCAUGGAAACGUAAUGGUAAGAUGACAUGGCCACUCAGCUCCCGGAGAUUACUUUUGAGGUUAUGUUGUCCUCUGUUCUUGUUGCAUGUUUUUUUAUUAUGAUGAGUCAAGCAUAUUUCAAUAGUAUAUUUUGUACAUAGCCUUCCCUUGUGAUUGAAAAGCAUGGCAAUGCCUCAGCUAUAGUGUGUCAUACACUCAGUCUCUCAUUUAUGCACGGUAAAUACUGAACUCACCCAUGGGUCAAUCAAUGUUUGUGAGCCUAAACCGUUCUGUAGUACAGUGAGAAUUAGGAACAUGAAAGGAAAAAUAAGCUUUUCCAUCAAUGUUGACUGUGAAACUAUACCACAAUGAUGGGCACUUACAAUGGCAGAAAUGGUAAUGAUGAUGGUGAUGGGAAAUGCUUACAUUAUGUCUGCGUACUUAAAUACUCAAUUGUGUGUAUUUUCUUCAUAGCUUUUGCAAGUUAAUCUCAGCCAAUAAUGUUUGGCCAUUUCCAAUAAGGAAUCAGGUCCUAUUAAUUGAGCAUAACUGUUACUGCUAACAUGGUUUUGAUGCUUUAUUUCUCUAUUUAGAUGGCCUAAUGCACAGAACAAAAAAAAUCUGUUUCUUUCUGUCAGUGAUAUGAACAGUAUCUUUCUUCUGUGUUUGGAGUGAUAAAAAAGAUAAAUAGUGUAAGGAAAUGAUCAACAGUAUAUUUCCAUACUCUUCAUUUGUUCUUAGAUGUAAAAUCUCAAUUUAGAUGUUAUCUUAUGUAGCAAAAUUAAUAUAGUGCUGUUUGGAGUAUCACAUAACAUAUGUGCCAUUUAAAUGUUUUUUGUUGUUAGAGCUGUAUGGCCUUAAAGAUUAAAACGCUGGAUGUAUGGCUGGAUAUGUAGCAGGAUAUAGUACCAAAUGAAUAAGGCCAACGAAAAAGUAAAGAAGUAAUUAUGCUUGCAGGAAAUAGGAAACAUUACAGGCUAAAGAACAAUAGUAUUCUGGCAGGGUAAGCAGUAUCUUUGCUUUAUGGGAUUUCUAAAUCUAAUUUUGCUUUGAUUUUAGCAGCUUAUUCGCAUUUGAAUGUACAGUAUAUCAAUACCAAUCUUCCCCAUAAACCAACUUCAGGUUUUAAGAGAAGCUUUGCACUACCUACCAUCACUGUCAAUGUCGUGCGUGUAAUAACAAAAUGGUGGUGUUGGAUAUACCAUGUUGCAUGUAGGUUUGCCCGAUGAUAACCUCUUAUAUCUUGUGGAUUGACUUAAUAAAUCACUCUGAGGCUACUAAUACAAUCUAUAUGAUCUUCCAACUGGGACAAAUAAAAUCUCACCUUUUUUCUGAAAAUAUCAAAAA